AGACAAAAAAAGUCAAAGUUUCCUUUUUAAAGCCUCUUGUUUUGUUUUUCUUCUUCUCUUGUUUCUUCUUUUCCAAUCUUCAUUUUUCCAGUCAAAUUCAGAAAACGCGUUUAAUAAUGGAUGAUCAGAGAAAUCGUGUUAAUGAUUAUCAUAAUAAUGAUCAUCAUCAUUAUCUAGGUGUGAAUAAGAUGGGAAAAAACAUCCGUAAAGAUCCAUCAAACCAGCAAAAUCAACAACAAAACCCUCAAGCUUUGGUUUACAACAUCAACAAAACCGAUUUCAGAUCCAUCGUUCAACAGUUAACCGGACUUGGUUCAACUUCUUCCGUCAAUCCUCCGCAAGCAAACCCACCAAAACCUCCAAAUUCACGGUUGGUUAAAGUUAGACCGGCUCCUUUGACCCAACUCAACCAUCCUCCACCUCCACCUCCACCUCCGGUUCAAUCGGUUCCAAUUGCAUCUGAACCGGUUCAGCCUGUUAACCAAGUUUCGGUUAACCCGGCCGAAUCUCCCAUCUCCGCUUAUAUGCGUUACCUAAUCGAAUCAAGCCCUGUUGGAAACCGAGCGCAGCCACAAAACCAAAAUCCGGUUCAACCAUCAACCGGUUUAUUUCCGUCACAUCAAACCGGUCCUAAUCCAAUGUCAUUCCAGUCUCCAGCUUCACAGUUUGUUUUGUCACCGCAGCCAAGAUCGCCAUUUCCAUUGUUCUCACCAAAUUUCGCGUUCUCGCCGCGGUUUUUAGGCGGUACUGAAUCGCUACCACCGCCAUCACCCGGUUUUUUCUUCCCAUUGCUCAGUCCAUUAUGGAAAAAUCAAUAGCUAAUUAGUAGUAGUAUAUUAAUAAUCCUUUAAUUAAUGGAUUAAGGGUUCCAAGUUGUAUGCACUUUGUAACUUGAAAUAGAAAGAAGUUUGCUCAUUUCAUUUCUGUAUUUGAAUGUUGAUAAACUAGAUAGAUACGAUAUCAAGAUCAUUCAACAUCAAUGUGUUACUUGUUUUUUGUUUGGUCUUUAGUUUGAAAAGUAUGCGAGUCUUAAUUAUUA